AUGCUCCACUUGCAGGGUCCACAGAUGCUGCAGAUGCUAGAAAAAUCCUUGAGGAAGAGCCUCCCUGAGUCCUUAAAGGUUUAUGGGACCGUUUUCCACAUGAAACAAGGAAACCCAUUCAAGCUAAUGGCCCUGGUGGACAAGUGGCCUGAUUUUAAUACACUGGUCAUCCGCCCUCAGGAGCAGGAGAUGACAGAUGACCUUGAUCACUACACCAAUACUUACCAAAUCUACUCCAAGGACCCCAAGAACUGUCAGGAAUUCCUUGGCUCACCAGAAGUCAUCAACUGGAAACAACAUUUGCAGAUUCAAAGUUUACAGUCCAACCUGGAUGACGUGAUAAAAAAUCUUGUAGCUAUUAAAUUGUGCAAGGUCAAGCAAACACAAUGCAACCUCUAUAUGGCUUAUCAGACAGCAAAGGAAUUAUUUCCUUCUAUGGUGGAUGCAGAGACGUUACCCCUCCCUGGUGGCAAACAUAAUUUCAUCAACCAAGAGAUGUUUAAAUUCUCAUCCCUGGAUGUCACCCACGCUGCCCUGGUGAAUAAAUUCUGGCAUUUUGGUGGCAAUGAGCGCAGCAAGAGAUUCAUCGAGCGCUGUAUCCGGACCUUCCCCAGCUUCUGUCUGCUGGGGCCCGAGGGGACCCCCAUGUCAUGGACCCUGAUGGACCAGACAGGAGAGCUGCGAAUGGGAGGCACCGUGCCUGAGUACCGAGGACAGAGUCUCAUCUAUCAUGUCAUCUGUGCUCAGCUCCAGGCUCUGGACAAAUUCGGCUUCCCCAUGUAUUGCCAUGUGGAUAAGGCCAACCACACCAUGAAAAAAAUUAACUUAAAAGUGCAGAGUGUCCCCAUGUCCUGUGACUGGAACCAGUGGAAAUGUGUGCCUUGUUGA